UGUACCAUGGCUCGCCAUAUAAUGGCUGUUUGUGUGGUCUGCCUUCUAUGUGCAGAUCACUUACCGUGUCAACAACACAUUGAAACAUUAUUUCCUGGAAAUGUUGGCAGUGCCGCAUCCCUAAUCAAUAAUAAUAACAAUAAUGGUCAUCAUAUCCACAAUCCGGGUUGGGAACAAACACCAAUGAAUGCCGUUGUAUAUAAAAAUAAAGAUAUCAUCGCUGCAACGAGUUAUUCUGCCAAAACACAACAACAACACCAGAAACAUACCACCGAUAAUUUUAUAUCCUUAUCAUCAGCCACAACGAAUAACCAAGGUGAUAAUCGCAGUCGUAGAAGAAAAAAACGCCACGCCGAUCAUGGUCAUAAUCCUUCGAAUGAAAUUCAUCGGCCCGCAAUCACCGAUACAUUUGUCCGCAGAAUAUUUAAUGAAUAUGGCAGUGGUGGUGAUACCAUCAAUGUUGAGGACUUCCAGCGUAUGUUAGAGAAAUUGGGUCUACAUCAGUUGUUGCCACAAAAAUUGCUGCAAAAUUCGGAGGAUGAUAGUGAUAAUGAAACCUGUAUUAGAGACUCAAAAUUAAUAAGUUAUGUAAAAUCUCAAUCUGCACAUGAUCAUGAUCACGAUGAUGAUGAUGAUUCGGAACAUGAUGAUCAUAAUCAUCAUCAUCACCAACAUUCGCAUAAUCAUGAAGAAAACAGAAAUUGUUCAGAUGCAUCAGAAGGUUGUGCAUUGGCACACACACAAGUAAACGAUCACGACGAUGAUGAACACAAUCAUCACGGUGAUUCGGCAGAGUAUUACAAUUACACCCUCACCGCCAAUGACAUUGUUCAUGUCUGUCCGGUACUGUUAUAUCAAUUGACUUCCAAUAGUGAUACGAAUAACAAAGGUUGCAUCGGAAGUGAAGUGUUACUACAAAUCGAUCUGCAGCAAACGCAACAUGCAAGCGUACCCAAAGAGGAUAUUAUGUAUGUUUGGAUAUAUUCAUUUGCCGCGGUAUUUGCCUGCAGUAUUUUGGGUUUGGUUGGUGUGGCAAUUAUUCCCUUUAUGAAUUCACGUUUCUACAAACAUAUAAUUCAAUUUCUGGUGGCAUUGGCUGUUGGCACCAUGACCGGUGAUGCAUUGUUGCAUUUAUUACCACAUUCUCUAGCCGGUCAAAAUGAAAGUAAUAUGAUCUUUAAAGGCCUUACCUGUAUGGGUGGUAUUGUCUUCUUUUACAUAACCGAACAUGGUCUAACCAUGGUAUCCGAGUGGCGCAAGAGCAUUGCCAAAAAAGAGACCAAUAAACCCACCAGAGCCAAGGUAAUGAGAGAUCCCGAUUCAUCGCACAACAAUUCCGUUGCCGGAGACAAAGUGUGCAAAUCCAAAUAUAGUUCGUAUCCCUAUUGCUACGAUGAAAUUGCAAUGGACACGAAAAACGAUGUUUGGUUACAUCUGCCGAAUAAUAAAACCGGCGAUAAUGCAAAUGUUUCGACACGCAAUGGCAAAUUGGAUAUCGAUGGCGGGGAGAAUGCAACACAAUCAUUACUAUCAACAUCGCAAAAUAAUUAUGCACCGCUUACGGAUAGAAAUCACCACCAUCAUCAUCAAGGACACAAUCAUUCUCAUUCGCAUCAUCAUAACCAUAAUGAUCUGCAACAAUCAUCACAAGCGAAUAGCACCUCAUCGUGUCAAAGUCACAAUAUACCCGAUAGCAGUACGUUGGCCACCGAUUUAGAUGGCAAUGUGGUGGGUGAUACGGCGGGUGGCAUUAACACUGUGGCUGCCAACAGCAAUGGCAAAGAUCUAAUGAGUGAUACGGUAACUGUUAUACUAAGAGAACAUGAAUCUUCACAUCAUGGCCAUUCACAUAAACAUGGUCAUGUCCAUUCGCCACCGGAAUCGUUGAGUGCUGUUGUCUGGAUGAUAAUUAUGGGUGAUGGUUUACAUAAUUUUACUGACGGCAUGGCAAUUGGCGCUGCAUUUGCCGAAAAUCUUGCUGGCGGCUUCUCUACAGCAUUGGCUGUAUUUUGUCAUGAAUUGCCGCAUGAACUGGGAGAUUUUGCAAUUCUAAUAAAGGCUGGCAUGUCGGUGAAAUCAGCCGUAUACUAUAAUCUACUUACGGGUGUGUUAAGUUUUAUUGGCAUGAUUGUGGGUAUUAUAUUUGGUCAGUCACACGAAACAGCCCAAUGGAUGUUUGCGGCAGCUGCAGGUCUAUUUAUUUAUAUAGCUAUGGUUGAUAUGAUGCCUGAAAUAUCAGCUGCACAUAAAUCAGUGCAACAAUUUGCAUUACAAAUCUUGGGCAUGUCAAGCGGCGUAUUACUUAUGCUUUUAAUAGCCAUUUACGAGGGCGACUUAAUGAAUCUUUUCUCAACAAACUAAUUAAAC